UCACCCGGUUCGUAAUGUUCACGUCUCCUUCCACCACGUGUCACCAACCCACACCCACCAUUGUUUUUUCUAUCCCUUUCUUGUUUACAUAUACAUAUAUAAAUAUAUAUGUAUAGCUACGUACCUCCGAACACUUCUCCUAACCUCUGCAAUUUACUUAUUUUUCCUUCACUUUGUUAUUUCCGUCCAAAUCUACGUACAAUUCACAAACACUCACUAUUAAUCAGUUUCUCAUCAAUUUUUCCUUCACUUCUUCCCUUCUUGUUCCAUUUGGAUCAAAUAUUACCUCCGUCAACCUAGCUACCAUGACAAACGAUGUUGGGGGAGGUACGGUGGUCAUGCCGGAGAGGACCGGGACACUCCGCCGACCUAAAUUCGGGGCGCUGUUGCAGUCCGAUCCCAAUAUCGCCGCGAAAAACUAUCAUCAUGAUGAGGAGAGCUACCCCAAAAAUCGCCACAAUAGCAACGACUACGAGUCUUCUUGCCGCCAGAGCAACGCUUCGGCAACCACGAGCCCCGGAAACUACGACACUGGUAGCAGCGCGUCCUCUCCGUACGCCAUGUCUCCCUGGAUGCAACCCUCGCCCUACAGUAAAUCUCCGUGGAUUACAUCCUCGCUGUUUAAUCCAUUCGACGACAGUACGCCUCGGAACGGCCUCAUCGGCUCGCUCGUACGCGAAGAGGGUCACAUAUAUUCUUUAGCGGUUUCCAGGGAUUUGUUAUACACGGGUUCGGAUAGUAAAAAUAUACGAGUUUGGAAGAAUCUGAAGGAUUUUUCUGGGUUUAAAUCCAGCAGUGGCUUAGUUAAAACCAUUGUUAUAUGCGGCGAAAGGAUUUUUACCGGUCACCAAGACGGCAAAAUUCGGGUCUGGAAGUUUUCCCUUAAAAACCCGAGCAAUUUCAAUCGUAUCGGAAGCUUGCCCACGUUCAAGGACUUCCUCAAGAGCUCCCUUAAUCCGAAGAACUACGUAGAAGUCCGACGCCAUCGCAACGUCGUUCGCAUCAAACACUUCGAUGCCGUGUCGUGCAUGAGCUUGAACGAAGAGCUGGGCUUGUUAUAUUCGGGUUCUUGGGACAAGACCUUAAAGGUUUGGCGCGUCGCAAACUCUAAAUGCUUGGAGUCCAUCAACGCCCACGAAGAUGCCGUAAACGCCGUCGUAGCGGGCUUCGAUGCCUUUGUGUUCACGGGCGCGGCGGAUGGAACUGUCAAGGUAUGGCGGAGGGAGCUACAAGAUAAGAGAACCAAGCACUUCCUGGUUCAGGUUUUGUUGAAACAGGAAAACGCGGUCACAGCGUUAGCCGUAAACCAAUCGUCGGCCGUUGUAUAUUGCGGAUCCUCGGAUGGGGUGGUGAACUUCUGGGAACGCGAGAAGCAUCUGUCUCACGGUGGGGUUCUCAGGGGCCACAAGUUGGCGGUGCUGUGCCUUGCCACGGCGGGAAAUCUGGUGUUCAGUGGGUCGGCGGAUAAGAAUAUUUGCGUGUGGAGGAGGGAGGAGCAGAACGGGGCCCACGUUUGCCUCUCGAUUCUGACUGGUCACACAGGCCCCGUCAAAUGCCUCACCGUCGACGAAGAUCAAGAGUCGGAAAAGGUCAAUCAACGGUGGAUAGUGUAUAGCGGGAGCUUGGACAAGUCGGUGAAGGUGUGGCGUGUGCUUGGGAACGCGCCGGAAUUGAGGCAGAUGAGGGCGGCGGAGCAGCUGUUCCCGAGCAAUGGGUACACAUCGAGCUUGCAUUCGCCUUCAGCUGGGAGAAUAAGCCAAAACGGGAGGCACGGUCAAAGUUAAAUGAGCUAGCCUGGUAGGGAGAGAGAUGAAAACAGUGUUCUGAAAGCUAUUCUCGAUUCACACCAGAGUCAGGUUGAUCGAAGCAGCGUGGUAGCGAAUAUUAGUGUAUGGUGGACCACCUGAUUUCGCAAUGCAAUUACAUAGGAUUUGAAGACGAGCCAAAAAAAGAAGAAAGAAAUGAAUGGUUCUGGAUCAUUGUGCCCCAAACAGAUAAGUUGUCGAUCGUGGUUAUAUAUACAGAGGCAUUAUUAUUUUCAAGAUGUGUAUAUGAAAGAAACGUCAGGGCUUUCACUUUGUGACGAGAAAACUUGCCUUGCUAGAUGGGUCAUCCUAUUACUUUCCACAAACUCGUUCUUUAAAGAAUGAAUGAAUAGGCCAAACAUGAGUGAUAAAAGCAAGUAAAUUGUCUGUGUUGCUAGCAAUAAAUAUUGCGUCUUUUUCCGCGCUUUCUGUUCGGGAUCAUAGUGAUAGGGUUGCAACGAUUGAGUCAAUGUAAACUGUAAAGAGGGACUCUACAGCCGCACGUGGAUUCGGACUGUGUAAAAUUAUUAUUAUUUUUUAAGGUAUUUUUUAAUACUUUUUAAUA